AUGGUCCAGCCAGAGCCCGGGCCUUCGGGCAGCGCUGAUGAUGGGAACGGGGGGGCGGAGAAGUCGGCCGAGGAGCUUCUGGACUACUACAGGGGUCGUGUGGAGGCGUUCGAGCAGGAAAUGAAGGACGUGCUGGACAUGGCGGAGAAGGCGAAGGCCCACAGCAAGGAGAUGUACCGGACGCAGUGGGAAAACAAGCAGCGGUCCGAGGAGAUCUGGGAGCUCCAGAAAGCGCUCAGUGACGCCCACGCGCUGCUCUUCGAGGAGCGGCAGCGCGUGUUGACGCUCCAGGCCGAGAACGACGACCUCCGGAUCCAGGAGGCCGAGGACCGCAAGCGCAUCCAGCACCUCCUCGGCAUGGCGCACCCGGGCGGCCCCGAGCCCGGCGUCACCACGAUGCCGCGUCUGCGCACGGCGGGUCCGGGCGAGCCCGGGCCCGGCCGGGGCCCGCACGGCACCGCGGCGAUGGCGCAGGAGAGCCACAUUGGCACGAUGGCCACGUGGCAGGAGGGCGCGCCGUCGGCGUUCAAGGCGUAUCCUGGGGAGGGCAUCAGCACCGACGCGUUGAUGUUGCACUUGCAGAGCCUGCAGGCGCAGCUGAGCGACCACAAGAGGUUCGCGGCGGAGCGCAUCGCGCAGCUGAUGGAGGACAAGAGCGUCCGCGAGAUGGACUACGAGGCGCACAUGAACAACCUGCGGGCGCAGCUGGAGGAGUCUCUCCGGCGCCAGGGCGGGCUGCAGCACUCCCUGGAUUCUACCCUGGGGGAGUAUUUGACGGCGCGCGCGGGGCUGCGGCGCAAGGAGGCGCAGGCGGCGGAGGAGAAGCAGAGGCUGAGCGAGGCCGUCGAGGCCACGGCGCGCGAGCUCGACGACACGAAGACCCGCGCCAGGAAGGAGCUCGCAGACUUCAAGGCCAAGGCCGACAAGGAGCUCGACGAGUACGCCAAGACGUACCGCAAGCAGCUCAAGGAGAAGGACGCCAUGAUCCGCACCGUCGAGACAAUGCACCGGGCCAUCCGCGCGCAGUACGAAAAGCGGAUCAAGCACCUCGAGGACAAGGUCGCGAAGCUGCAGCGGAAGCUCCGCGAGACGGAGACGCGCCGCGCGCUCGACGUCGAGGGCUUCGGCGCCGCCGUCGGCACGCUGCGGCGACAGCUCUUGACCGUCGGGCGGCGCGUGGCGCACGCGACGCUGGCGGAGAGGAUCGACGACGACGAGCGGCUCGAGCUCGUGCUGGAGCGGCUCGCGGCGAGCGCGCACGGCGACGCGCGCGCCGCGCUCGGCGCGCCCGGGGACGAGGGGAGUGAUGACGAGUCAGGGGGGGGGGAGUUGGACCUCGCGGAGAUGCGCGACGCGCUGCUGGCGCUGGACCGGCGCGUGCGGCAGCGGGAGGAGGAGCUCGCGCAGAAGGAGGACCCGUACGCGGACCUGCUGGCGAAGGAGGAGGGCGAGCGACGGGAGCGGGGGUUCCCAACGGGGGGGGUGUCUGGGAGGGGGGGUAUUCCGGCGCGGGUGCUGCCGCGCGGGGCGUGGCAGCCGUAG